AUGAAGACCCUGGCCCUGCUUUUCCUGCUGUCUGCGGGUGCAGCCAGCGCUGCUGUCUUGCCCUGGGCCGUGUGGGGGCUUCGCAGCAUGAUCAAAUGCACCAUCCCAGACAGCCAUCCUCUGCUGGAAUUUUCUGACUACGGCUGCUACUGCGGCUUGGGAGGCAGUGGGACUCCAGUGGAUGCAGUUGACAGGUGCUGUCAAGUACAUGACAACUGCUACUCGCAGGCAAUGAAACUAGAAUUAUGCAGAUUCCUCGUGGACAACCCCUACACAAACUUGUACAGCUUCAGCUGCUCCAGCGGGCAGAUUACGUGUAACAGUGAGAACAACGAGUGCGAGAUGUUCAUCUGCAACUGCGACCGCGCCGCUGCCAUGUGCUUUGCCAAGGCGCCCUACAAUCCCGACCACAGCAGGCUGGACACCGAGAAAUACUGCAGCUAGUCGUCGUCGUCGUCGUCGUCGUCGUCGUCGUCGUCGUCGUC